AUGCUUCGACAAUUUCUGGAUCGUGGACUCUCCGAGACCGGUCUCCGGGCUCUCGGCAGAUGCCACCUCGAUGUCAAGUUACUAUGCCUCCAGCGUUUCGUGCGCAUGUUCGCGUACGGCGCGACGACCCUGCAGCUAGUAGCGUACUUUGAACUACUCGGCUUUUCAGCGACGCGCAUAGGCCUGUUCAUGGCAUUCACUCUGGUCGGGGAUGUCUGCAUCAGUCUGGUCCUCACCUCCAUCGCCGAUGGCGUAGGGCGCAAGGCGGUGCUUGCUGUAGGGGCCGCUCUGAUGGCCGUCAGCGGUGUCGUUUUCGCAAUCUGCAGCAAUUUCUGGGCGUUACUGGCCGCUGCUGUCGUAGGAGUCAUAAGCCCAAGUGGCAAUGAGAUUGGGCCUUUCCGCGCCGUCGAAGAGAGCAUCGUCGCGCAUCUGACCGUCGCUGAGGACAGGAGCGAUGUGUAUGCCUGGUACAGCCUCAUGGGAGCCGCUGGAACGGCGUUUGGGGCAAUGACGAGCGGCUGGACGGCGCAGUACUUGACGACGAAGGCCGGCUGGGAGCUCGAGCGCACGUAUCGCGUAGUCUUCUAUGCAUAUGCGGCGCUGGGUGUGUUCAAGUUUGUCCUGGCAUUACUACUAAGCCGUGAUACGGAGGCAGAACAGGACGAAGCUAGGGUCUCUGAGGAGGAGACUGUCCCCAUUCUGGGCGAACGACCGGCGAUGAGACAAGUCGACGUCAAGACUUGGCGGUCAAAGGUGGUUCCUCGGGUCGAGAAGGAGAGCCUGCCUGUGGUCAUCACCUUGUGUGUCCUGUUUGCGCUUGACUCCUUCGCAUCGAGCCUGACUCCCCAAUCCUGGAUUGCCUUCUUUUUCCGUUGGAGAUUCAAGGUGGAUGAUGGAACCCUGGGGUCUCUGUUCUUCACAACGAGCUUCUUGGCCGCAGUCACAACUCUGGUCGCGUCUUCUAUAGCCAAACGAAUCGGCAACCUGAACACAAUGGUCUUUACUCACCUGCCCUCAGCCAUCUUCACCGCGCUCAUCCCUCUACCGCGAGAUGCCAACACGGCCAUCGCCUUCCUGAUCCUUCGCGCGCUGACGCAAUCCAUGGACGUCGCUCCGAGAGCCGCCUUUCUCGCGGGUGUCAUCUUGCCCAAAGAACGCACUGCUGUAAUGGGGCUCAUCAACGUGUUAAAAACCGGCGUUUCGAGCGUCGGCCCAGUGGGAGUGGGAAUCUUGGUGGACAAGAACCUUUUCUGGGUCGCUUUUGUGGGCGCGGGAUGUCUCAAGGUCGUUUACGAUCUUGGCUUGCUGGUUUGCUUCCGCAAAAAUGAGCGAGAGCAAAAUGAUGAAGCGGGAGGAAGUGCUUAA